AUGAGCAGACUGAAGAGAUGUGGUAAUACAAAGAAACAGUGUCUCAUCCUGACUUUAGCUCUGAAAUCAAACUCAUCACACCUGAGAGAGCUGGACCUUAGUGUAAACAUAAUAGGAAAAGGAGUGAAGCACUUAUGUGACAUACUGAAGGAUUCACAGUGUAAACUGGAAAGAUUGAGGUUAAGCUUCUGUCAUAUGCCAGAAGAAGGUUGUUCUGCUCUGACUUCAGCUCUGAAAUCAAACCCAUCACACCUGAGAGAGCUGGACCUGAGCAAGAAUAAACUAGGAGACUCUGGAGUGAAAAACCUCAGUGAUCUACUGAUGAACCCACAAUUCAAUCUGGAGAAACUAGAUCUAAAUGUUUGCAGUAUUACAGAGAAACAGUGUGUCAUCCUGUUUUUAGCUCUGAAAUCAAACCCAUCACACCUGAAAGAGCUGGACCUGAGCAGGAAUCAAAUAAAAAACACAGGAGUGAAGCACUUAUGUGACGUACUGAAGGAUUCAGAGUGUAAACUGGAGAGAUUGAGGUUAAGCUGCUGUUAUAUGCCAGAAGAAGGUUGUUCUGCUCUGACUUGCGCUCUGAAAUCAAACCCAUCACACCUGAGAGAGCUGGACCUGAGCAAGAAUGAACUAGGAGACUCUGGAGUGAAAAACCUCAGUGAUCUACUGAUGAACCCACAAUUCAAUCUGGAGAAACUAGAUCUGAAUAAAUGCAAUAUUACAGAGGAACAGUGUGUCAUCCUGACUUCAGCUCUGAAAUCAAACUCAUCACACCUGAGAGAGCUGGACCUGAGCAGGAAUAUAAUAGGAAACAGAGGAGUGAAGCACUUAUGUGUCAUACUGAUGGAUAUACACUGUAAACUGGAGAGAUUGAGUCUACAGGAAUGUGGCAUUACAGAUGUUUCUUCUUUAACUCAGUCUUUGACUAUCUCAAAAGCACUGCAGUUUUUAAAAGAGCUUGAUCUGAGUUUCAAUAAGCUAGGAGACUCAAAGCAGUGGCUCAGUGACGUGCUACAAGACUCAAACUGUGACCUGAGAGUAGACAUCAGUUCACCUUAUUUUUAAAAUAUGUGAAACGGACAUGAGAGUGACCAUCAGGUGAUCCACAGUAGAGUCUCACUCAGAUGAGACUGUCAGCAGAAAUCUUCAGCCUCUUCAGUAUCA